AUGGAUUUGGAAGGACCUAUUUGUGCAACAUUUUUAGCUGGUUUUGCCUGUCUCCCUAUUCUCUGGAUCGUGAACUUCGUUUGGUUCUUCUCCGCUGCCUUCUUGGGUCCGCCAUCUGAAGAUAGGAAGAAGUUUCGCCUUUACGUCUGCUUAAGCUUCUUCGGUGCUCUGAUUUGGAUUCUCGGUCUUAUCAUCUGGAAUAUUGUCUAUUCUCAAAAUCGCAUUUCCUGGGGAGUACUAGGUGAUCGUCUCUCUUUUAACAUACCACCUGGUGAACUGUGA